GGGGAAGAAGCUGAAGAAGCAAUGGAGGUCUCUAUCUCUGAAGACCCUGCUGGAGCAGAAGCCCAAGAGACUGCACAGGUUCCCUCAAAUGAGGGUGGCACAACUUCAGUGGGAGAAGAUGCUGCCGGUGAGGGUUCAAAUGUUCAGGCGGGGGAAGAAGCUGAAGAAGCAAUGGAGGUCUCUAUCUCUGAAGACCCUGCUGAAGCAGAAGCCCAAGAGACUGCACAGGUUCCCUCAAAUGAGGGUGGCACAACUUCAGUGGAAGAAGAUGCUGCCGGUGAGGGUUCAAAUGUUCAGGCGGGGGAAGAAGCUGAAGAAGCAAUGGAGGUCUCUAUCUCUGAAGACCCUGCUGGAGCAGAAGCCCAAGAGACUGCACAGGUUCCCUCAAAUGAGGGUGGCACAACUUCAGUGGGAGAAGAUGCUGCCGGUGAGGGUUCAAAUGUUCAGGCAGGGGAAGAAGCUGAAGAAGCAAUGGAGGUCUCUAUCUCUGAAGACCCUGCUGGAACAGCUCCCAAUGCGUUUACAGAGGAUGAGGAGGAGAUGCUCUUCACAAUCGAUCCUGCCGGAGAGGCUGCGCUCCUCGAUGCUCCACCCGAGGAAGAUGUGCCGACACAGAAGGAAACUGACAAAGAGGAAGGUGAGCAGGAAGCCGAUGAAGCCGAUGCCGAAAAGACGCAGGCCACUUGUGCAACCUGUGGCCUCUUUGGCCACGAUGCUUCGGCAUGUCCUUUUGCUCACCCGGAGGACAUCGACCUUGGAGAUUUAGAGGAGUCGGACUCUGAUGAUGAGCUUGCAGAGCUUUAUCCGCUCUUCAGUCGUUAUGUGCAGCAGCACAUUGGUGCUUUGACACCCAAGGAUCGGAAGGGCCUUACUGGUGGAGGGCGCUACUUUGGCCAGGAGAAGCACCAGGCGUGCUGGGCCUGCGCAGAGGUUGGCCAUGAUGCCAAUGACUGUCCAGACAAGGGCUGCUUUUUCUGCUCAAAGAAAGGCCAUGAGAGCCGAGAGUGUCCUCAAAGAUCUUUGAGAUGCAGCCACUGUAACCUUCGUGGCCAUGCGCCAGUGUCCUGCCCCACGCUGGCGGCCAUUCGCCUGGCUGAUUUCUCUCAUGUGCGGUGUAUGCGUUGCGGAACUCUAGGGCAUCCAAAUUGUGGAGUGCCACCAAAAGCUCCAGACGUUGCACAGCCUGGGCUGUCCGCAAGGGAAGAGGCGGACAAGCAACAAAUGUUGCAGCAAAUUGCUGCAGGCCGUGCACGCACGAGAGCGUGGGAUACCGCACCGUGGCGAUCGAAGCCAGACUUGGAGAUGCCCAAAGCAAAAAUGGCCAAAGUUAGCAAGGUUGAUGUUCCGGUUCCAGAUCUCUUGCUCCAGGAUUAGGCAACAAGUGAGGGGCUGGGCUGCGCGCUUUUCAGAAGACUCAAAAAAUGCGUGCAGGGAAGA